AUGGCCUCUGCUGCUAUUGCUCCUCUCAAAUAUCUUAGCGUAUCCCCCCUCGCGGCACAUACAGCUACCGUGAUAUUCGUUCAUGGAUUGGGCGACACGGGGAAUGGGUGGAAACCUGUAGCUGACAUGUUUCGUGUUGAGCCUGCUUUGAAGCACAUCAAAUGGGUUCUACCGCACUCACCUAUCAUUGCUGUCACAGCUAACAUGGGUAUGGAAAUGCCAUCGUGGUUUGACGUCGUUUCUUUUGGUUUGAGAGACAAAGAGGAUGAAGCUGGCAUGCUUAAGACCGUCAAAUCACUCACUCAUUUGAUUGAGACGGAGGUCGCAUCUGGAGUUGACCCCAGCCGUAUAAUUCUUGGUGGCUUCAGCCAGGGAGCCGCUAUGUCGCUCCUGACUGGACUCACAAUGGAACGCAAAUUAGCCGGGAUCGUCGCACUCAGUGGGUGGGUCGCACUCAAAGAUAAACUCAAAUCGAUGCUAUCUGCACACGCCACAUCAAUACCCAUUUUCGUGGGUCAUGGUUCUCAUGACCCCCUCAUCAAACUGACGCUCUCUCGCGAAUCCGUUGAUUUCUUGAAAAACGAGGUCGGCAUCCCUGAGGCAACGCCCGAUAAUCUAACAGGCCUGUCGUACCAUGUCUAUCAGGGUGUCGCACAUACUGCGAGCCCAGACGAGCUUGACGAUUUGAAGGCCUGGAUUACAAAGAUCAUCCCGGCAUAGCGCGAAAUGAUAAAAGGGUAGUGUGAAGGAUAUUGAUGGAUGCAUUGGGCCGGCUAGAAACCCAAUAUACAUUGUACCAUUAGAAAGGACGUUCUCAUCCCUACUCACUUCAAGGCUUGUACACACCGAAUAGUUGUUGUUUUUUGGCUUGUAUCAUUGCUCUUUCCGGUAUCCCGCGAUUGACUGCACCCGUUAGUGAUUGACGUGCGAUUUCCAUGACGUCGGUUCAGAUGCUACUUCGCGGAAGAAAUCCGGCAAUUCCAGGUACGCUGAGGCACCGCGAUACCGCGUGUUCUAAGUAUUCAACGCCACAGCAGCGCAACCCUGCAUAUACCUUACACACCUACACAUCUUGGCAGAGAGAACUUGGUGGAGCUCACGCUUCCGAGGGUGUAGGACUUCCUCAAGAGGAA